AUGUCCGCGCAAGAGUACUACAAUUCAGGCUAUAUCGGUGGCCGAAAGCCAGAUACCCCAUUCAGCGACAACGGCAGCAAUCGACCAUGGACCCCGCCAUCCUCGACGGUCACUCCAGGACCUGAAAUGUCCUACUCAACACGAGUAGAAGAUCGUCCUUACAACUAUGGUGCCUCGCCCCCGCCCACAACCAGCUAUGGGCGUCCUCAGAACGUAUAUCCAUCCCAGCCUUUGGGUGGUAUGGCUCCGGGAUUUUCUUCGCAGACAGAACCGCAGCAGUACGACAAUGAAUAUAACAACUCUGGUCCUCCACCUUACACCCAGCACUACUAUGGCUCGCCACAGCAGUAUCCCCCAUAUCCUACACAUGACGCCUAUCCUGAGCAUCCGCCCACUCAGUCGCCGUAUCCGCAGGAUCAGAAGGAUGAAAGAGGGUUUAUGGGAGCGGUUGCUGGAGGCGCUGUAGGCGCCUACGCCGGUCAUCAGGUCCAUCACGGCGUCCUGGGGACUAUCGGAGGAGCGAUCACUGGAUCUCUCGCUGAGGAUGCGAUCAAGAAGCACAAGAAGAAGAAGGAGAAAAAAGAGGGCAAAUCGGGCCAUGGUCGCCGCUCCUCGUCCUCCUCUUCGUCGUCCGACAGCGACGACGGGCGGGCCCAUCAUCAACACCAUCCUCCGGCGGAGCCCUCUUUCCGAGGCAACUUUUCCGCCUCCUCAGCAGAGAUUAGCCUCGAGCACGAUUACGAGCUGACGGCUAGAUGCCGUUCCAUCUCAGGAGAACUGAAUCGUUCGAGUAUCUCGUUGAACUCGGUCCUCUCGAACCACUUCGGUUCUUUUGUAUGGGCGCGUGGCGGCAAUUUUGGAGCGUCGGCGAGAAAUGUGCACCUUGCUGAAGGUGGAAGAGUGCUUGAUGCUGAGCUGGCCGAUGGAAACGGACACUGGAAGAGGGCAUGGGUGAGAUUGGAUGAGCGGAUCACGAACCAGAACGGGCAUCUUGUAUUCCUGGAUUGA